CUAUCGGUCGAUGAGAAACAAAUGACAUGUCCCACGCUUCGCUCUGCAGAUGCGCACCUGCUAAACCCAGGAAUCCGUGCAGUUCACGAUAGACUACCACAUCUCCAAGACCCGGGGCUUCACGGAAAGCGGCACUGUCGUUCUUCAAGAGUAAGGUCAUUAAAAUCGGACAGUCAUGUCGGCCAAAGCUAUCUCAGAGCAGACGGGGAAGGACUUCCUGUACAAGUACAUCUGCACCUCUGCGGCCGUCCAAAACCGGUUCCGCUACGCGAACGUGACGGCAGAGACAGACUUCGACCGACUGGCCAAGGAGCACCCAUGGUUACUCACAGAGCGGCUGGUGGUGAAGCCCGACCAGCUGAUCAAGAGGCGGGGAAAGCUGGGCCUGGUUGGCGUCAACCUGGACCUGCAGGGCGUGAAGGCGUGGCUGAAGCCUCGGCUCAUGAUGGAGACCACCGUGGGAAAAGCCAAGGGGAUUCUGAAGAAUUUCCUCAUCGAGCCAUUUGUCGCCCAUAAGCAGGAAGAGGAGUUUUACGUGUGCAUCUACGCCUCGCGGGAGGGCGACUAUGUGCUGUUCCACCACGAGGGCGGUGUGGAUGUGGGAGACGUGGACGCUAAGGCGCAGAAGCUGCUGGUGGGUGUGGACGAGAAGAUCACAGAGGAGGCCGUCCAGAAACAGCUGCUCACCCAUGUCCCCAAGGACAAGAAAUCUGUCCUGGCCAGCUUUAUCGUGGGUCUCUUCAACUUGUACGAAGAGCUCUUCUUCACCUAUUUGGAGAUAAACCCACUAGUGGCUACCAAAGACGGCGUGUACGUUCUUGACAUGGCGGCGAAGAUUGACGCCACGGCCGAUUACCUCUGCAAAGCUAAGUGGGGAGAUGUGGUGUUCCCCCCACCCUUCGGCCGGGAAGCCUACCCAGAGGAGGCGUACAUCGCAGACUUGGACGCCAAGAGCGGCGCUAGCCUGAAGCUGACCCUGCUGAACCCACGGGGGCGGAUCUGGACCAUGGUGGCGGGCGGAGGCUCUUCUGUGGUUUACAGCGACACGAUCUGCGACCUGGGCGGGGUCAACGAACUGGCCAAUUACGGGGAGUAUUCCGGAGCGCCGAGUGAGCAGCAAACCUACGACUACGCCAAGACCAUCCUGUCCCUCAUGACCCGAGAGAAACACAACGAGGGAAAGGUUUUGAUCAUUGGUGGAAGCAUUGCAAACUUCACAAAUGUUGCCGCUACAUUUAAGGGAAUAGUCCGGGCCAUCAGAGACUACCAGGUGCCUCUCAAGGAGCAUGAGGUCACCAUUUUUGUUCGUCGCGGUGGACCAAACUAUCAGGAAGGACUGCGGGUGAUGGGGGAAGUGGGGAAGACAACUGGCAUCCCCAUACACGUCUUCGGCACCGAAACCCACAUGACUGCCAUCGUUGGUAUGGCGCUUGGACAUCGACCCAUCCCCACCCAGCCCCCGGUCGCCGCCCACACUGCCAACUUCCUUCUCAAUUCUAGUGGUGGCUCAUCGACUCCUGCGUCCAGCAGAACCGCCUCCUUCUCUGACAACAAAGUCAGUGCUACUAGCUCACCUGCUAAGAAGCCCAAGACGGGCACACCCGCUGCCAAAGCAACCAACCUCUUUGCCAAGCACACAAAGUCCCUGGUUUGGGGCAUGCAGACGCGGGCUGUGCAGGGCAUGCUUGACUUUGACUACGUCUGCUCCAGGGACGAGCCGUCGGUCGCUGCCAUGGUCUACCCCUUCACUGGGGACCACAAGCAGAAGUUCUACUGGGGCCACAAGGAGAUCCUGGUCCCGGUCUACAAGAACAUGGCCGACGCCAUGAAGAAGCAUCCCGAGGUGGACGUGCUUAUCAGCUUCGCCUCGCUGAGGUCGGCUUUCGAUAGCACUAUGGAGACCAUGCAGUACCCCCAGAUUCACACCAUAGCCAUCAUCGCGGAGGGCAUCCCAGAAGCCCACACCCGGAAGAUCAUCAAGAGGGCAGACGAGAAGGGCAUCAACAUCAUCGGUCCAGCCACGGUGGGCGGCAUCAAGCCGGGCUGCUUCAAGAUCGGCAACACGGGGGGCAUGCUGGACAACAUCCUGGCCUCCAAGCUGUACCGGCCCGGCAGCGUGGCCUACGUGUCCCGCUCCGGGGGCAUGUCCAACGAGCUCAACAACAUCAUCUCCCGCACCACCGACGGCGUCUUUGAGGGCGUGGCCAUCGGAGGGGACAGGUACCCAGGCUCAGUGUUCACGGACCACGUGUUGCGCUAUCAGGACACCCCAGGGGUCAAGAUGAUCGUUGUUCUGGGAGAGAUUGGAGGAAUGGAGGAGUACAAGAUCUGCCAGGGGAUCAAGGAGGGCAGGAUCACCAAGCCGGUGGUGAGCUGGUGUAUCGGAACCUGUGCCACCAUGUUCACCUCAGAGGUCCAAUUUGGCCAUGCCGGAGCAUGCGCCAACCAGGCCUCAGAGACGGCCGUGGCCAAGAACGAGGCACUGAAGGAGGCCGGAGCAUUCGUCCCCAAGAGCUUCGACGAGCUGGGAGACCUCAUCAAGUCAGUGUAUGAUGAUCUCGUGGGCGAAGGCGUGAUUGUGCCAGCAGCCGAAGUACCCCCUCCCACCGUACCGAUGGACUACUCCUGGGCGCGGGAGCUGGGUCUCAUCCGUAAGCCGGCCUCCUUCAUGACCAGCAUCUGUGACGAGCGGGGCCAGGAGCUGAUCUACGCCGGCAUGCCAAUCACGGAGGUGUUCAAGUCGGAGCUGGGCCUGGGAGGCACACUGGGGCUGUUGUGGUUUCAGAGGAGGCUACCACGCUACGCCUGCCAGUUCAUUGAGAUGUGUCUGAUGGUGACAGCCGACCACGGGCCCGCCGUGUCCGGCGCCCACAACACCAUCGUGUGCGCCCGUGCCGGGAAAGACCUCAUCUCUUGCCUCACGUCUGGCCUCCUCACCAUUGGAGACCGGUUUGGAGGUGCCCUGGAUGCCGCAGCCAAGCAGUUCAGCAAGGCGUUUGAUGGCGGCAUGCUGCCCAUGGAGUUUGUCAACAAGAUGAAGAAGGAAGGGAACCUGAUCAUGGGCAUCGGACACCGGGUCAAGUCGAUCAACAACCCAGACAUGAGGGUCCAGAUCCUGAAGGACUUUGUGAAGCUGCACUUUCCCGCCACGCAGCUGCUGGACUAUGCCUUAGACGUAGAGAAGAUCACCACUUCAAAAAAACCAAACCUUAUCCUUAAUGUGGACGGUUUUAUCGGCGUAGCUUUUACGGACCUGCUCAGGACCUGCGGUGGAUUUACACGAGAUGAAGCGGACGAGUUUGUCGAGAUCGGAGCGUUGAAUGGGAUCUUCGUCCUUGGACGCAGCAUGGGAUUCAUCGGACACUACCUGGACCAGAAGAGGCUGAAGCAGGGUCUGUACCGCCACCCCUGGGACGACAUCUCCUACGUGCUCCCCGAACACAUGUCCAUGUAACGGUCACAUGUACUGUGAUGUAGCAGACCCAUCUAGCCGGCCCUGACUCCCCCUCUGCUUCCAGUGGCCAUCACCCUGACCCUUAAUAAUAUAACCCUGUUAUUGUUCUCCAGCCUCCCUGGGGUCACUAUGGCAUCUCUCCAGUAGGCCCUGCUGUAUUCAUCUAGAUGGGGCGUAUAUACCCAACAAAAAAAGAAACGCAGAGGGAAAUGUGUGGUUCUAGUUUGUACAACCUAUUGUGCUGCAGGCGUAAUUAAACUGUAAUGUGCCAUUCAGACAAAGCUAGCCGUUGUGAGCUUUCAAGAUAGUGUGGGCACCUGUCAAAAUGAGCCGAAACAAGUACCCUACCCUCCUGACCACAAAUCCUGUUGCCAAGACGUAUUUUCAGGAUUUGGUGUUCCUUAGCAGUGUUCAUCCCUAGUGUGUCUCUGAUUAGUUGAAGAAAAAAAUAUGCUUUGACGACAACAUUGUAAUUCUAUAAACUAGCAUGUCUGUAUCUCUGACUAUUAUAUCCAAGUGCAGCACUCUUGUGUCAGUGUCCUAUUAGAAACAUGAGCUUUCCGUAAGCUGGAAGCCUUUAGUGCAAUAAUAUGUAAAAUGGUACUGUAGAUCAGAAGUUUAUUUAUAUAUGUACAUGUACAUUGAGAUCUAUCAACACCGUAAAAUAAUCAUAGUUUUGUGAUCAUUUUGGGACAAGAUUGCAUGCAACAUUGGACCACUUUCUCUGUUAUUCCUGUGGGGGUUGCAGUAGUUUUAUCCCAUAAAUACUUUUGUUUUAUCUGGUCAGUUGACAUUGUUCUCCAUAUUUUGCAUCUCAAGACACAAUACUGUAGUCCUACUAUCCUUAAAAUGAUUGUUAGUUCACUCUUUCUUGUAGAGAUGUUUGAACUUUUCAAUGAGUAGUGUGAUACAUGUCAUUGAUUCUGAACCAUGCUAAUCAUAGCUAAUUUCGUUCCACCAGUGUUUUAGUGUGACAAAAGGUUUUGUAUAACUCUCAUGUAACCUUAUGUGCCUGUUUGGAUUCAUUGUCUGUAUAAAUAAUGAAAAUAAAUCAGAUCAUUAAA